AUGGAAACUUUGUCGAAAGAACAGUGGGAGACAUUUCAAAAUGCUAUGCUGUGCCAUGUGUGCGAGAAAUCAUUCGCAAAGGAUGAUACACGCGUGCCCGAUCAUUGCCACCUGACUGGACGGUACAGUGGUCCCGCGCAUUCCAAUUGCAAUCUAAAUUAUCAAGACAGUUAUUGCAUUCCCGUGGUCUUUCACAACUUAUCCGGUUAUGAUUCACACUUUAUCAUCAAAGAUAUAGCAACCAUGUUCGAAGGUUCAAUCACUAUACUACCGAUAACCAAAGAGAAAUAUAUUUCAUUUAUAAAGACUGUAGGAAACAUGAUGGAUAGUGAAUAUAGCGACUUGUAUCUGAAGAUUGAUGUCUUGUUGUUGGCCGAUAUUUUUGAAAAUUUCCGCAAUAGUUGUAUCAAAAGUUAUGGGUUAAAUCCCGCGUAUUAUUACACUUUGCCUGGUUUUACGUGGGAUGCUAUGUUGAAGCAUACGGGCGUUAAUUUCGAACUGCUCACUGAUAUCGAUAUGGUCAUGUUCAUCGAGCGCGGUAUUCGCAGUGGCCUCAGUCAAUGUUCCGGUAGAUAUGCAAAAGCCAAUAACAAGUACAUGCAGUCUUACGAUCCAUUGCAACCAUCAUCAUACUUGAUGUACUUCGAUGUAAAUAACUUGUAUGGUUGGGCAAUGUGUCAACAGUUGCCAUACGCCGAAUUUCGAUGGGUCGAUGAUGUAUCGAAUUUCGACGUAUCAUCAAUCGCACUAGAUUCACCUAUAGGUUACAUUCUGGAGGUUGACUUAGAGUAUCCGCAACAUCUGCACGACGCGCACACUGACCUACCGUUCUGUCCGACACGGGGCAAACCGCCAAACAAAAAGCAGGACAAGCUUCUCGCAACCUUAUGCGAUAAGCAGCGUUAUGUGAUUCAUUAUCGCAACCUGCAGCAGUGCAUCACGGUCUUCUUUAGAAGACACGCGACAAACGAUUUCGAGAAAAAUUUGUACAAAUUGAUAAACAACGCGGUGUUCGGUAAAACUAUGGAAAAUGUUCGCAAUCACGUAGACGUAAAACUAUUGACAAAAUGGGAUGGACGAUACGGUGCUGAGGCAAUGAUUGCGAGACCAAAUUUUCAUAGCAGAAGUGUCUUUUCGGAAAAUUUAAUCGCCGUUGAGCUACGUAAACUUGAGGUGAAAUUCAACAAGCCGAUCUAUGUGGGUAUAUGUAUCCUUGACAUAUCCAAGAUCUGCUUGUACGAAUUUCAUCACGAGUACAUGUCUCCCCUGUAUCAGAACAGAUGUAAAGUAAUGUACACCGAUACUGACAAUUUAAUUUACCAUAUCCAAUGCGAUGAUAUUUUCGAGCACAUGAAACGUGAUAUUUCUAAGUUUGAUACGAGUGAUUAUCCCACUGAUAAUGCGUACGGUAUACCGCUUGUCAACAAAAAGGUACCAGGUCUGAUGAAAGAUGAAAAUAACGGAGCGAUUAUGACGGAAUUCGUCGGGCUCAGAGCAAAGAUGUACGCGCUAAAGGUAGACAGCAAAAAUGAUACGAAGUGUCUGAGAGAUGAGGUCGAAAAGCAACGUCGUCAGUCAUGCAUACGAUCCAAAAUGCACAAAGUCUACACCGUGUCCGAACUGAAAACUGCUCUGAGUCCGUAUGAUGACAAGCGGUAUAUCGUACCGAACUCAACAGACACUUUACCAUGGGGACAUUACAGGAUACAAUUGUAA